CGUUGUCGGCCAUUUUCUAAAGAUUCUUGGCUUUCGACGUCAACUUUGCACAUCAAAUUCGCUAAGAAAGUGACAUACUAUGGCGGGUUUGCCACGUAGGAUCGUAAAAGAAACGCAACGUCUGAUGCAAGAACCUGUGCCUGGAAUUAGUGCUGUCCCUGAUGAAAACAAUGCACGGUAUUUCCAUGUAGUUGUAGCAGGACCAGAAGAGUCUCCCUUUGAAGGUGGUACGUUUAAACUAGAGCUAUUUCUCCCAGAAGAAUAUCCAAUGUCAGCGCCUAAAGUAAGGUUUAUGACCAAAAUAUAUCAUCCAAAUAUUGAUAAAUUGGGAAGGAUUUGUCUAGAUAUAUUAAAGGAUAAAUGGAGUCCAGCUUUACAAAUACGUACAGUGUUACUUUCAAUUCAAGCGCUAUUGAGUGCGCCUAACCCGGAUGAUCCACUAGCCAAUGAUGUUGCGGAACAGUGGAAAGUUAACGAAGCCCAAGCAAUUGAAACAGCGAGAGCAUGGACAAGAUUAUAUGCAAAGUAACUUUUCAUUUUCUAUAAACUGAGAUUGCCCCACAGAAUUCCAACCUUUUUAAGUACAUUCAUAUAGAAACCAGCUAAUAAUUACUGUACUGCUGCAGAUGUUGAAGUCACUUCUGCCACCAUUGCUCAAGAUGUGGCAAGUUGUACUCUCUCCCAAUAUGGAAGAAUACUCGCUUGGUAUUCCUUGGUCUCUUUGCAGUGAUUUUACUGUAUAUUCUGUUAAAAAAGUGUUGGGCAUAUUCAAAGAAAAGGUAUCAUUGUGUGUUAAUGGAAAGUGCAUUCCCUUUGAUCAAACUGAAUGUUUUUGUUAUUUUAGCUAUAGUGGAUCUAUGAUUAUUGUAAAUUUUCUAAUUUAGGCGUCACUUUUAGAGCAUUUCAAUCUUUUCCUGACACCUGAAUCAGAGUACAAUUUGGGUUUUUUGUAGUCCCUGACAAUAAUUCAAGAAUAUGCAUUGUGACCAGUGUGGAUGAGUAAACUCAGAUUUGACAACAACAAUCAACAUAAAAAAUAUUAAAUACAUCUUCAAUGCUCAGUAGUAUAUCAUUGAAAAUUUUAAAAAAAAUGCUGUUUUGGUCAUCAGAUUCAAAAUCAUAUUCUGAUUGGUUAAUAACCAGCUUGACCUAUCAGGUCAAAGGACAUACCGGUAGUUUCAAUUCAACUAGUGUAUGAAAAAACUGUUCAUGACAUCUAUUUUAAAAGGCCGUUCACUCCCACUUUUCGUCUAAAACUAGCGUGGUGAUGCCUAAAGUAGAAUACUUCUUGUAGUUGCUUUUCUCCCGAUGUUUAUAUAUUUACUGCCCCUAACUCGGUGCAUAAUAGCUAAAAUAACUAUCACAUCCAGUUUACAUUAAAAAAACAGGCUUUCACACCUAGUUUUACAAUUCGUGCUUUGGAGUUAUUUAUGUAUUUUUAUCAUGUUGCAUCUGAUCUUGGCUGAAAUACAAAUGUUCAUAACUUAUCACAUAGUGUCAAGUGCUUUACAAUAGAUUUAUCUGCAAUGUAAUAAGUCCCCCCUGAAUUGCAAUGUUGUCUUUCUUGAACAAAAAUCCUUUUCUUCCAAAAUACCUUUCUCUUUUUGACUUGCAUCACCCAGCAAUUUAUUUCUCUAUUUCUGGUACCAAUAACCGGUUUGACCGGUAGAAAAUAAAGUAAAACUUUGGGAAUGAUUUCUGGCUAAGAACUGGUUCAAAUGGGAAUUACAUGUACUUGAAAAUACCAACCGGUAUAUAUAUGAAUAUAUUAAUUGUUUUUGUAUGUUCAUUUUUAUCUUUCCAAUGGAGUAUCGAUAAUAUUACAUGUAUUAUUGCGGGUUUUAACAAAACAUCAAGUGAGCGCAUCUCAUCAACACUUCUACUACUUUCCACUCGCUCUCUUCCUGUGAUGUAUCAAUAUAUUUUCAAAUUAAGUUUAUGAUAUUAUUGUUAUUGGAUGUUCAUUCCGAGUAAGGUAACUAAUAAAAGUCAAAUCUGAUUCUGUCUAACUUUCAGACUUGUCCAAGAUCACUACGACUACUAAAGACAAUUAGUAGCACUAAUUUUAGAAACCGACCCGAUAAGCAAAGGGUAUGAAAUGUGUUCCCUUUAUUUUCAUCUUUUGGGGGGUGAACAUUCUUUAACCUGGAAGUGUGGUCAUUGACAUGUCACUGUGAACAAAACCACAUGAGCCUAUAAUUUUAUUUGUGCACAUGCACAUGCAAUAGCUUAAUCUUGUUGGUCUACAGUCUCAGCAGAUUAUCCACAAUCCUGUAUUUUGUUUUAUCUACACAAUAUAACAGUUUGUCUUAUAAGAAUAUUCGUUUGCUAUCAAUAUGCAAAUACAGGUACCUGUCAAAAUUUGUAUGUCAUUUUCCCUUUUAUGUCUAUGGGCAUUCAAAUCCUGUUUCAUCAUAUUAGGGCAUGUCAGAUUUUCGCGUGAAGUUCAAACGUUCAUGGACUGAAUCUAAUAGCAUUUUAGUCUGUCAGAUUGUAAUCUGAAUUCGAAGAGGUUUGUAGCAAAAAAUAUGCUUCUCACAAUUUGUACCGUAACUAUUUGAGAUCAUUGAUGCUGACUGAUGAAUUAAACCUUAUACUAAAUAUGUUCACUGAAAUAACGUAUUUAUGUCUAUAAUAGACUUUAAGUGCAAAUGGUCAGCGGUGUCUUGUUGAGAGCAAGAGAACCCCCUUCAACUAGUGUGCUAUUCCCUUCUAUCACCGAUUCUACUGUUCCACUGAUAUAUGCAACUUGGGUGUUUGAAACUGUGGACGUGUGGUGACUAGAAUGAAAGGAACACCAUUUGAGGUGCACUCGCCACACUCUCUCUCUCUUAAACAAACCUUAGUGGCCAUUUGCAUCAAAGGUCUAUUAAUACAUAUGCCAUUCACCAUAUUGUGGAGUGAGUUCAAGCAAAGACUGACAUUUUAUUAGUAUUUGCAUCACUUGCCGAGCAUUCUGUUUACAAAUAAUCAUUGUAUUAGCCGAAUGUUUCAUUAAUAUUUCAGGGUGGCGAGAAACUUGAGUUUGCCACUUGAGUUGUGCAUGUCUGUACAUGUAUAUAGUGUUUCUCUGAAAACCUGUUAUACAAGGCAUUGCCACAACAAUCUUAAUUUUAGAAGCUUUGCUUUAAAAAGGUAUUAAAAAAAAAAAUCCAUAAAAAAAAAUUAGUUUAAAGUAAAGUCUUUCUUUUUUCUCGUAUUAGUAAGUUUUGUUUUUAAACAUGAUGAUCCAUGCAAUAUUACACAUCAUUAAAUCAAUAUUUUUGCGAGUCUUUGUGUUCUAUUGGUAAUGCAUCUUUGGUCAUACUUUGGUGGAUAGCUUCACUGUAAAAAGUUGCUUUUGUGGUUUUUGAGUUUAGAGACUAUUAUUCAACAUAUUUGAUUACGAAUAUGCGUAAAUUAUCUGAGAAUUUGGUUGGAUUGGCGCUUGUUUUCCCAUCUUGGAUGGAAAAUUUAAAAAUUAUGAACAGAGUUGUGCACAUUCUGGGAUGGUUUCGAGUCUAUGUAUUGGUCAUAAAAACCUAAGAAUGUUGAGUCAUCAGCCACUGUUUUAAAAGUUAUUCCGUCAUUGUGAACAGUCUGUUCUAUUUUUCGAUUAUGGCUAUAAUUUCUGGAUGAUUUCUAAUGUUAAAGAUUGAUAGCUACAAAUGGAAUGAAGGGGAACCAGUGUAAUCUUUCCUAGUUCAUUAACAUCUCGUAUCUACAAGUUGCACUGACAAGUUGACUUGGAAGUCAUUUGCCUGAAAAGGAUGUACUGAUAUCAAAUGUCAUUCAAUUUCAGUGAUAAUUAUUAAAUGAAAUUUUAACACCUUUUGUUGCAGCAUUGUUGCCAUGUGUGUAGCUGCACCAACACAAUUGGUGAUGUAGCAUGGUUGGUAUAAAAGUAGAUGUUUACAAAUGUACUUUAUUCGACCAAUACCACUGUGGUCACUGCUUUAUCAUAUGUGUGGAAUUUUACUUGUGUUCUCUUAAUUUCCAUCAAUUUUGACCCUAUAAUAUUGUAUUGAAUGUGUUCAAUCAUAUUUAUGAUAAUGAUAAAUGUUGAGCAGACUGAUUAAUUUUAGGUUAAUAUUUCUAUUAAAGUAUAUGUUUUUUUAAACAGACUUCUGGGAGGGAGUGAAGGGUUAGUUUAGUCAAUACUGGCAAAUAAUCAUGCCAAAGUCAUCUCAAUAUUAAAUACUUUAUCAUUUCUCGACUGUUUUCUCUAUUUUUGUCAGGUAUACUAUUUUAAAAUCAAGACAAUUUAUGUAGUAUUAUUUUUUUUUUUUCAGACUUGUAUAUGAUGUUUAAAAAAAAAUUCCUUAUGUUUGUAGCUGAUUAACAGUCAAUAAAUACAACUUUGGCUUGGAUUUAUUCUAAA